GGCAACCCAAAGCACCUCUGAAGUGUUCCAAAGAGUGCGGCCGGUUUACCUCGGAGGUAGCGGUGAAGCGGAUAAGGAGCUACCGCAGGACGGAACCGCGCUGCCCCAGACGUGCCAUCAUACUUAUUACUCUGAAGUCCGUGGAGCUUUGUGCAGAUCCAGAGGCAGAGUGGGUGAAGAAGAUCGUACAGAAACUGGACCAGGAAAAGGCUGCAGCCUCCCCACUUCCACCUGAUGCCACCUCGGCAGCGGCGCCAGCAAAGCCUGGCGUUUUUCAAAACCAAGUUGGUCUUAGGGUAACAGCUUCUCCUCAAGCCUUUGCUCCAACUAGUUUAUCCCAAGGCACUGGCACGACAGUUUUGGAGAUAAUACGUGUUCCUGCUGCUGGGACGGAGGUGUCCAGCAGGUCCUCACCAGCCACGCAGAACACCACGCAGCUCCCUGCAGGAUCAUCUCCCGUGAUACAGGAAAUUGCCGCCCGCUCCGAAGUCACUCCGGAAGCAAACAGAGAUUCCUUAACAUCUCCACCACCUUCAACAACUUUUGCAGCAGGCAUGGUCUCCAGCCAGCCCACCUCAUAUCCCAUGGCUCUUGUGCAUGGUUUUGACAAGGCUGUAGGAUCUACAGAAGAACCUGUAGGACAUACUGCAAAUGCUACAGCUUAUGAUCGAGACACAGCUUCUCCUAGCUCAAAUUCAGAUCCCACAGCCAUUACUAAAGGAUCGAUCCAUCCUGUACUUUCUACAAAUGAAUCCCUGGACCCUGCAAGUGCAAGAACCAACGCACCAGACGCUGCUUUUAGCAGUUUUAGUUCAGGUCUCCCCUCCAUCCUGGACAGCACGGAGAUCACCACAGUCCCAACCACACCAGUUCCACCAGAAACUGCUUCAGUUUCUACUCUAAACCCCACUACUGCCAUAGAUGGAGGCCCUUCUGUCCGUACCAAGGUUGUCAGUUCCUCUGCAGAUGCUUCUGGUACUAGAACAUUUGAUUAUUCAUCGUCUGUAGGAAAGCAAGAUCCUUCAGAUACGUUAGUUUUUACUAGUCAAGCGUUCUCAGGCCAAGACAGGGUGCAGAUGACGACAGAAAGACCAAAUGAUCUGCCUCUUCCCAGCUUCUUGUCAAGAUCUCAAAUGCACUCUAUCAUCCCAGUUUCUCUGGUAGGUGGGCUGAUGGCCUGCAGCGUUGCUGCUGUAUGGCUGUAUCUAAAAUUUGGAGUCAAAACAGAAGAAAUGUCAAAAGAAAUGGUACAGAGCUUGCUCUGGAAGAAGAAAGGACAUGAGAACAAUGUCUAUCCAAUGGAAUUAAUCUGA